AUGGACGAAUACACGUUCACCCAGCUUGACGCCCUUGACCGAGCCUACCAAGAGCCAGCACACCGACCGGCGCACGACAAUGGCCAUCACGCUUACGACAACUACACCCACGACUACCAGCAUAGUAACGACUACUACAGUGUUCCGGAGGAUGAGUACUUGCACGGCCCCCAAGAGCUUGAUGCGUUUGAUGAACAGCUACUUCACCAGCCCGACUACGACUCCCGACAUGCUCAAGCGACGCUUGGUCGAGCGAGGUUGUCCUUGCCAUCAGCACACGUUCAGUCGCGAGUACCUCGUUACAGCCAAGUGACGCCUGCUCCUACUGCUCCGCAAUCGCCGAACCUAUCCCGCUUCGCGAUGACAAGCACUCAUCAGAGACCGUCUAGCCCCUCGCCUGGUCGACCGACGCACAUUUCCAGUCCAGCCUUUGGUGCCUCGAAGCGUCAUGCAGACCGAGCAUGGGAGCAGUUCCAGCCGCACGAGGCUGAAUCUGGCCAAUUUCAGCACGCAGCUGGUGGCAGCUUUGCCAACCACGGCAUCGAUUUAUACGAGGAACCGGAUCCCGAUGGUGGGAUGUUGCCAGACGACCUCAUCGAGCCGCCAGCGCCAGCAUUUCGACCAGACUACACGCGAAGUGCAAUAGUACCACGUUCCAGCAGAGACGCUCCUCCGAUCGUGCAAGGUAUCAACCUCAUCUCCACUCGAGAGCUUCCUGAUCGUUUCAGGGCCAUCUUCCCAUUCCCACUUCUCAACGCUGUACAGUCAAAGUGCUUCAGCGUUGUCUACAAGACCAAUGACAAUCUGGUCGUGUCAGCACCAACUGGAAGCGGGAAGACGGCUAUACUCGAGCUUGCCAUCUGUCGACUCAUCAAUGGCUGGUCCAGCGGCUCUUUCAAGAUUGUGUACCAAGCGCCCACCAAGUCCCUCUGCAGCGAGCGACAACGUGACUGGCAGGCCAAAUUCGGUCCACUUGGCCUGCAAGUCGCCGAGCUGACCGGAGACACGGACAAUUCACAGAUGCGCCAUGUACAGAAUGCCAGCAUCAUUGUCACCACGCCAGAAAAGUGGGACAGCAUGACGAGGAAGUGGAAAGACCAUCAGAAGCUAAUGCAAAUGGUCAAGCUCUUCCUCAUCGACGAAGUGCACAUCCUGAAAGAACGUCGCGGUGCUACCCUCGAGGCUGUAGUCUCUCGCAUGAAGUCGAUCGGCUCAAGCAUUCGCUUCGUCGCUCUAAGUGCCACCGUUCCGAAUUCGCAAGAUAUCGCAACCUGGCUUGGCAAGGACUUGAAGAAUCCUGACAUACCUGCACCGCGCGAGAAAUUUGGCGAAGAGUUCCGUCCUGUACGACUACAGAAGCAUGUUUGUGGUUAUGCUUCAGACAGCAACAACAACGCGUUCGCUUUCGACAAGACUCUGAACUACAAGUUGACUGACAUCAUUGCAAAGUGGUCGCACCGCAAACCACUCAUGGUGUUCUGCUGGACGCGCAAGAGUUGUAAUGAGACCGCACAAUUGCUCGCCAACUGGUGGUCCAACAACGGUCCGCAAAAUCGUUAUUGGACUGGACCACGCUCCCCUGUCGUGGUUGACGACAAGGAUCUGCAGAGAACGGUCCCUGCCGGCGUUGCUGUUCAUCAUGCUGGUUUGAGUAGCCAGGAUCGCAGCAAAGUGGAACAGAACUACCUGAAGGGAGAGAUCAAUGUCAUCUGCUGUACAUCGACACUCGCCGUGGGCGUCAACUUGCCAUGCCACAUGGUCAUCAUCAAGGGCACAGUUAAGUACGAGGCUGCUGGCGCAAAGGAGUACUCGGAUCUGGAGAUCAUGCAAAUGCUCGGACGUGCUGGCCGACCGCAAUUCGAUGACAAUGCUGUCGCGGUCAUAAUGACACGCGUACCACGCGUUCCCUUCUACGAGAAGAUGGUUUCAGGCCAAGAAGUUCUUGAGAGCUGUCUGCAUCUCAAUCUGAUUGAUCAUCUCAAUGCAGAGAUUGGUCUUGGCACGGUCACCAACGCCUCGUCUGCGAAGAAGUGGCUAUCCGGCACUUUCCUGUACGUCAGACUCAAGGACAACCCGGAACAUUACAAGAUCGGCGACGACGUAGAUGGCAGCAACCUCGAUGAGCGCCUCGAAAACAUUUGCCGAAGAGCAGUCAGCAGGCUUGAGCAGUAUGACCUCGUGCGAGGUUCUGUCAAGCUAGAGUGCACAGAGUUUGGUGAUGCCAUGGCACGAUAUUGUCUGCAGUUUGACACCAUGAAAAACUGUCUCGCCUUACCGCCGAAAGCAAAGAUGUCGGAGAUUCUUUCGGCUAUAUCCCAGGCUGCGGAGUUUCAAGAUAUUCGCUUCCGAGCAGGCGAGAAGUUCGUAUACAAGGCGCUCAACAAGAAUGGUUCCAUCAAGUUUCCAAUACCGGUGAACGUCGAGCUGCCCGCGCAGAAGAUCUCCCUUACUAUACAGUCGGUACUAGGUGCGAUCGAGCUUCCAACCGAGGACCGAAAGCAUCAGAUCGAAUACCUCCAGAACAAGACACUCAUCUUUUCACACAUCCACCGUCUGAUCCGAUGCAUCAUCGACUGUCAGCUGUACCUCGAGGAUGCCAUAUCGGUCAGGAAUGCCUUGAUGCUGGCUCGCAGCUUUGGGGGCCAAGUCUGGGACGACUCGCCAUUACACAUCAAUCAGCUUGAAGGUAUCGGUCCUGUCUACGUACGCAAGCUUGUAUCGAUUGGGAUCAUGUCGAUCGAGGACUUGGAGCAGACCGAAUCGCAUCGAAUUGAGACGGUUCUCAAGAAGUAUCCACCGUUCGGUGCAGAGUUGCAGGAGAAAGCUAAAGCGUUCCCACGUCUCCGUAUCGCCAUGAAAAUCAUUGGCGAGCCGUCUGUCAAGAAGGGCCAUGGCGUCACCGUGAAGGUCAAUGCCGAGAUGGGCUUCAUGAACGCGAAGGUACCGGAGGUUUUUAACCGCCAAGCAGUGUACGUGUGCCUCCUAGUGGACACUUCCGACGGCGAUCUGGUGCAUUUUGCUCGCAUCGGUGCCAAGAAGCUCAACAAGGGACAAGAGGUCAUGUUCAGUGCGACUCUCACUGCACCUGGUCAGACUGUUCGAGGCUACAUUAUGUGCGACAACAUUGCCGGUACACAACGUACAGCGACUUUGAAGCCGGAGAUCCCUUUUUUUAUGUUCCCAACUGCUAAAAGUGCUGAAGAUCUCGACAAGCAGCGUGCAGCUCAGGUCAAAGCGCCGAACACGUCAAAACGUCGAGCUGAAGCCGUCAAGCAACCUAGAGCUCAGGAGGUGGAUGAGUUCGGAGAUGCGGGCAUUGACGACGCUGACCUUGCCGCUGCUGAAGGCGAGGGCUUUGCGAACAUUGACGACCUCGAUGACUCUGAUAAGGAGCAGUCGCAAACAGAGAAGAAGCCUGGUCGCACGGCGAAAGCGCCAGCUGAGUAUCGUGAGCCAGUCCGGCUUGAGAAUGGGAAGUGGGCCUGCAACCAUCGAUGUCAAGACAAGACAGCAUGCAAGCAUAUGUGCUGUCGCGAAGGUACCGAUAACAAACCUAAGCCACCGAAGCCUAAGGAACCCAAGAAGUCCGAGAAGUCUGAUCCCAAGCAGACUCAGCUUGAUCUAAGCAAGAAGAAGAAAUCUGACACCAGCCAGCAGGAGUCGACCAGCCAAGCACACUCUGUGACGUCGGCGACACCUGUGCGGAAGCGAACGAGCUCACGCGAAGCACAGAAUCUUGCACGUCUACACGACAGCAUCCCAAGCUCAAAGCCCAGAGUGAAUCUGCUGAAGAGCACUCCAGUCGCUGAGCUGCACAGGUCUACCGCAAAGCCCGGUGCUGCCAAGAUACGACCCAUCGCUUCUAUGGACGACGACGACGGCUCAACAAGCGACUAUGGCCUCGACUCUCUCGAUACCGAUGACUUCCUUGAGAGCACACAGCCCGCCACGCACAUGAGUCGUCCACCAGAUCUAAGCCAUUCCAUGGAUGAUGAUGACAUGCUCGACUUGCCAGAGAACAAUAUGUACACCCUCACCCCGAGCUACGGCGAAGGUGACGGCGAGGUCGACCUUUCUUCAUUCGCAGACAACAUCGAGCCAACGCCCAUCCCGGCAACAUCCACUUCGCAUUUCACUCGGCACGAAUCGAAUCUCCCCACGCAGCCCAAGAACGGCGGCAUAUUCGUCACAAGUACAAGCAGUAGCAGUGAUCCCAAUCCUUUAGCACUGCAGGACCUGGAGCAGUUGACGGGCACCAAGCAUCACCUGCAGGACGAUCCAGCCGAGCCAAGUUACGGCUAUCAAGCGAAGAAGCAGAAGGCUGAUGACCAAGUGCCAGAACCUGAUAUCGUCGGUGAUUCGCAAGCCCUUACCACGUUUGACAACGUGGUCAACACAGGGGACGCGCCAGCAGAAGACUCCACAGAGCUCGGACCCGAGGAACUACAAGAAUGGUUCGCCAGGGAAUUCGGCAUGGACGGCAUCACGUUCGUCUGA